AUGUUGGAAUGUCUCCGCAGGGUGGAAUCCAACCAGCUGAUCGUCAUGCAAGUCAGCUUUGAGGGCGAGCCUCUACCAAUUCCGUUUACAGCCGGGCAUGUGUGCGACGAUGAGUCUCUCAGCUUCAUCGGCAACAACAGCCAGAAGCCUCAGCAGAACGGAGAAUGGGGAACUCCUGGCCCGCAGCAGCUCACACUUAUCAGCACCGCUGAGUUCGCAGAGCGCGAGUUCAACUGCAACCCGAAGGGCUACCGCCGAAAGGCGGAGGAGAAGCUCCUGGGAUCCUUAGGCCGGCUCCUGAAGGUGGACGUUUGGCAGUACAAGCCCCAGAUCAACCGGAUAAACCACUGGGAGGAUGGCCUGCCGAGCAACACUCCACCAGCUUCCAAAGGCUGUCUCUUCGAUGCGAAGGAGGGUCUCGGCUGGUGCGGGGACUUCUGUGUCGCUCCGGGCGUGGAAGGGGCUGCAAGAUCUGGUGCUGCCAUGGCUGAAGUUCUGGCAUCCUUCCACGGACAGAAAGACUUUUGCGGAGAUGGCUUAUUGCCCAUGGAUGUGGACUGGGUGUCCAUCGGCACAGCUUCAGGGUUCGGCGUCGUGGAUAUUGGUGCAUUCCCUGGAGUUCCAUCUCGCUGCACACACACACCGACCACGUGCCCUCCGCGAUUGGAGGCUAUGACAAGGCCAAGGCACAUUUUGGUCACGUGGGCGCCGCAAAAGGAUACAACGGCAAGGGCAAGGACUUCCAAAGCAAGGGCGGCAAAGGUAAAGGCAAAGGCGGCAAGGGUAAAGGAAGCCUUUGGAAGGGAAAGUGAGGCCCCAAUGGCAAGGAAGCGACAGCGGUUUAGAGCUCACUGCCUCACUUUGAGUGAGAAGCUGCUCUUUGUACAGGAGUUGUGGGCUACAAUCUUUCCGCACCGGGACUGUAUAGGAAGGUGUACCGAAGCCCAGGAUGGCUUAGUGGAUUUUGGGAGAUGCUUGAAGGUGUAUUCGUGCUACACCCCGAAGGAUUGA